ACUCCCAUUUACCCAUUUAUUCACCAUGUCCGCGUCUACGAUUGUCAAGCAGGUCCUGCGAAUGCCUCUGAUUGCUACCCCCAGGUUUGCCCCCUCUUCUGUCGCAAGACAUCUCUACUCGACAUCGACCUCCGUUACUGAGUUACAGGAGCCUGGUGCACUCCAGGCAGAGGUCAUUAGCGGAGCUCCAGAGGAAGUCCGGAUGCAUCCAUGCCGCAUCUACAAGGCCUGCAAGAGUGCUACACAGUCCGGAGUCGGUAACACUGAAGUUUGGAGACUUGACUUCGACACUGAUCUCGAGGGCGGGCGCUUUGAGAACGAGCUGAUCGGUUGGGCUUCCAGCUCGGAUUAUAUGCAAGCUCUUCAAAUGAAGUUCAACGCGAAAGAGGACGCAAUUGCAUUCGCCGAAAGACAAGGAUGGGAGUUUACUCUUCAGGAGCCCAACGAAAAGGUCUUUAAGAAGAAGAUCUACGCUGACAACUUUAAAUAUUCGCCUACCAAAUUGCGUUUUGUCAAGACCAAGUAAAGUGGGAAAUACGGAGCUCAAUCUGCAUGAAGCACUGGAGCUGAUAUUGGACGAGGAAACACGAUCUCCGCCAUUGCGCUUGACGCCUGCCACGGGCUCGAUUGUCGCAGUCAAAUCGGUUAUAGUCAAAAAGCACGAGUCACCAAUAAAGACCAAAAGCCACCU